AUGCAGUCCCAGCUCGACCCGUUGCCCAAGGAGCUUCCCUUUCGCAUCGUCUCCAAGACGGUGGGCCGCGGUGCCUACGCCUCGUAUGUCACGCCACCCCUCCCCUCCAACGCUUGGGUGCCGCUGCCAGGGCUAACACGCUCGUCCACCAGCAUCAAGAAGGCGGUCCCCCUCGACUCCCAGACACCCGUCUUCGCCGUCAAGCUCAUCCACAAGGGCUACGCCACCAGGCAUGGACGAGUCUCGGCCAAGCAGAUCGCCAUGGAGGUCUCGCUGCACUCUCACAUCGGCCAGCACCCCAACGUCAUCGAGUGGUUCGCCUCGGGCGAGGACCCGGUCUGGCGCUGGAUCGCCAUGGAGUUCGCCGAGGGCGGCGACCUCUUCGACAAGAUCGAGGCCGACGUCGGCGUCCGCCAGGACAUCGCCCAGCUCUACUUCGUGCAGCUCGUGAGCGGCGUCAGCUUCAUGCACUCCAAGGGCGUCGCCCACCGCGAUCUCAAGCCCGAGAACAUCCUGCUCUCCUCCGACGGCAGCCUGAAGCUGGCCGACUUCGGCAUGGCCACCAUGUUCGAGUACAAGGGCCAAAAGAAGACGAGCUCGACGCUCUGCGGAAGCCCCCCGUACAUUGCACCGGAGAUUCUCGCCUGCGGCAAGGCGGACAAGAGCAAGUACGCGCCCGAGCUGGCCGACCUCUGGUCUUGCGGCGUCAUCCUCUUCGUCCUCCUCGUCGGCAACACGCCCUGGGAUGAGCCGUCGCCGGGCAGCUGGGAAUUCAACGAGUUCGUCCGCACCUUCGGCCACAGCACAGACGCCCUCUGGGACAGGGUACCGCCCGAGGCUCUCUCCCUUUUGCGAGGCAUCAUGUCUGUCGAUCCCGCGAAACGAUUCAACUUUCCGCAGAUCCGGCAGCAUCCCUGGUACACCCGUCACAACGGUCUCCUCACCUCGGACGGCAAGGUUUCCGACCCCAUCAAUCUCGCGACCCAGAUGCUGGAGAACUUGCGCAUCGACCUUCACCACCAGCCGCCCUCGGCGUCCCAGCGACAGGCCGCCGCCGCGGACGGCACCGAUGUUGACAUGGGCCUCAACGCUGGUCGCUUCUCGUCGACGCAGCCAGAAGCACCCAUCGUCGACGAGGAUUGGGAUUGGGAGGAGCCCGUGCUCCGUUCCAUGGCCAUCCCAGCCUCGUCGUUGCCCUCGCGCGCCGCCGACGCUGGCCGUGUCGCCCUCGGCACUCUGGCAGACGAGCCUUCCAUGUCGCAGUUCUCCCAUACGCCCGGUCCCUCCAUGACCCUCACCCAGCAAGCUCGUCGAUUUCGCGACAUUUGCCCCCCCGAGUCCCUCACUCGCUUCUUCUCCCACGUACCGCCAGCCCACCUUGUGCAGAUGCUUACCGGUGCCCUGCACCAGCUCAACGUGCCGCUGGGCACCGUCGCACCCAACUUGUACGGCAGCCCGAUCGCCAACAUCAAGGUCAAGGCUCUCGACGGCCGGCAGCAGAGCCUGCACGGCGAGAUUAAAGUUGACAAGCAGCCGUUGCCGGACGGUACUGAGGUUCUCGAUGUUCGGUUCGUCAAGAUCAAGGGAGAUCCGCUCGAGUGGCGACGCUUCUUCAAGAAGAUGGUCGUCCUUUGCAAGGAUGGCGUGUAUGUUCCCGAUUCCUAG